CAGUAGUUGUGGCGCACAGGCUUACUUGCUCUGAGGCAUUGUAGGAUCUUCCCGGACCAGGGCUCAAACCUGUGUUCCCUGCACUGGCAGGCGGAUUCUUAACCACUGCGCCACCAGGGAAGUCCCAAGAUGCCGGUGCAGUUGACAACAGCCUUGCGUGUGGUGGGCACCAGCCUGUUUGCCCUGGCAGUGCUGGGUGGCAUCCUGGCAGCUUAUGUGACAGGCUACCAGUUCAUCCACACAGAAAAACACUACCUGUCCUUCGGGCUGUACGGUGCCAUCCUGGGUCUGCACCUGCUCAUCCAGAGCCUGUUUGCCUUCCUGGAGCACCGGCACAUGCGGCGGGCAGGCCGGCCACUGAAGCUGCCCUCCCCGCUGCGGCGCUCUGUGGCGCUCUGCAUCGCUGCAUACCAGGAGGACCCCGACUACUUGCGCAAGUGCCUGCGCUCAGCCCAGCGCAUCGCCUUCCCCGACCUCAAGGUGGUCAUGGUGGUGGAUGGCAAUCGCCAGGAGGAUGCCUACAUGCUGGACAUCUUCCAUGAGGUGCUAGGUGGCACCGAGCAAGCCGGCUUCUUUGUGUGGCGCAGCAACUUCCAUGAGGCGGGUGAGGGCGAGACGGAGGCCAGCCUUCAGGAGGGCAUGGACCGCGUGCGCAACGUGGUGCGGGCCAGCACCUUCUCGUGCAUCAUGCAGAAGUGGGGAGGCAAGCGAGAGGUCAUGUACACGGCCUUCAAGGCCCUUGGUGAUUCAGUGGACUACAUCCAGGUGUGUGACUCUGACACUGUGCUGGAUCCAGCCUGCACCAUUGAAAUGCUUCGAGUCCUGGAGGAGGACCCCCAAGUAGGAGGAGUCGGGGGAGAUGUCCAAAUCCUCAACAAAUACGAUUCAUGGAUCUCCUUCCUGAGCAGUGUGCGGUACUGGAUGGCCUUCAACGUGGAGCGGGCUUGCCAGUCCUACUUUGGCUGUGUGCAGUGCAUUAGCGGGCCCUUGGGCAUGUACCGUAACAGCCUCCUUCAGCAAUUCUUGGAGGACUGGUACCAUCAGAAGUUCCUAGGCAGCAAGUGCAGCUUUGGGGAUGACCGGCACCUCACCAACCGAGUCCUGAGUCUCGGCUACAGGACUAAGUAUACAGCUCGCUCUAAAUGCCUCACAGAGACCCCCACCAAGUACCUCCGGUGGCUUAACCAGCAGACCCGCUGGAGCAAGUCUUACUUCCGCGAGUGGCUCUACAACUCUCUGUGGUUCCACAAGCACCACCUCUGGAUGACCUACGAAUCAGUGGUCACGGGUUUCUUCCCCUUCUUCCUUAUCGCCACGGUCAUACAGCUUUUCUACCGUGGCCGCAUCUGGAACAUUCUUCUCUUCCUGCUGACAGUGCAGCUGGUGGGCAUUAUCAAGGCUACAUACGCCUGCUUCCUUCGGGGCAACGCAGAGAUGAUCUUCAUGUCACUCUACUCCCUUCUCUAUAUGUCCAGCCUCCUGCCAGCCAAGAUCUUUGCCAUUGCUACCAUCAACAAGUCUGGCUGGGGUACCUCUGGUCGAAAAACCAUUGUGGUGAACUUCAUUGGCCUCAUCCCUGUGUCCAUCUGGGUGGCAGUCCUCCUUGGGGGGCUGGCCUACACAGCUUACUGCCAGGAUCUGUUCAGUGAGACGGAGCUAGCCUUCCUUGUCUCUGGGGCCAUUCUGUACGGCUGCUACUGGGUGGCCCUCCUCAUGUUGUAUCUGGCCAUCAUUGCCCGGCGAUGCGGGAAGAAGCCAGAGCAGUAUAGCUUAGCUUUUGCUGAGGUCUGACGUAGCCCUCAAGCAGAGCGGGAAAAGUGC